UUCCCACCCGACGAUAAAAUGCGAUGGGCUAUGCCGACGACGGUUUUGCUAGUGCUGGCGGCUUUGUCAUGUGUAGCGUCACUGGGCCAACGCCAAUCUCCUAUUGACCUCAUGCCCGCGCAAGCUCAAGUUGCGCGUAACAACAACGGGAAUCUGCUCCAAAUCCACUUAGGCUCUGCACCAGGAACGUUGGUGCACAAGGGCAACACCGUGCAAGUCGACUGGUCAGCCGGGCCGAAGUCUCGCCUCGUGUUGGAUGGCAACUCGUACAAAGCGCUUCAGUUGCAUUUUCACGCAGGCAGCGACCACCGCGUCAAUGGCCACCAGUUCCCCCUUGAAAUGCACAUUGUGCAUCAAUCUGUGACCGACCCUACCCAGUUGGCAGUCGUUGGCGUGCUUUUUGAAGUCUCGACCCACAUGAAUCCGUUUUUGACCCAGUUUUUCCCCCUCCUUCCGCAACAUCCAUCAGGAAAAAUGCCUCCCAUCAAGCAACUCCGAGGGAAAUUGCUGGGUAUUCACCGAGGCCACCAAUUUUACCGAUACUCAGGCUCCCUGACAGCAGGAAGUUUCAGUGAAAACGUCGAAUGGGUUGUGCUGUCCACACCACAACCGAUCUCCCAUGAGCAAUUGAACACGUACUUGCGACUAUUUCCCAAAUCGUCGGCGCGUGACACGCAGCCACUGCACGGUCGAGUUGUCACGUUGGUUGAACUAUAACGAGAGCGGUUCUAAUUGAUAAAGUGCCGUAUUAUUG